AUGCACGUCUCGCCUUUGCAACCUGCCACUCUUGGAGGAGUUUGGGAUGCUGUCAAGAAAAGCUCAGCGUCUCUUUCCCUGCGCACCAGCGCCAGUCUACUCAUGUGAGGCAGCCCUUUUUGCAAAUUCCCACUGUCCUUUUUUUAUGUCGGGGGUGUGUGUGAGGAGAAUUCAGCUCCAUGCCUUGGUAGCCUUUGCAAGUUUUAACUUCUUCUGGAAGGGGUUGGCUCUCUCCAGGGAGAGAUCCCCGAAGGGCUGCAGGUUAGCGAGAGUGGGCGGGUGCCACCCAGCGCUACCAUUUUAAUCUCUUGGGUGGUGGAAGAAGAUGGGGUGGGGUGGAACUGUCUAUUUCCAGCCCCUGCAAGUUCCAAAGCAGAGAAGCAUUUCGAAAAGUGCAGCUACCUCCUGAAUUUGACACACAAACCCCCCACUCUGCUUUCUCCCUUCCUAAGCCCCUCUCUCUUAUCUUCCUCUCACUUUCCAGGCUUGCCCUUUCACUGCCAUUCCCACUGCUCCCACGUUUUGCAGUUUUUGGGGGGUGGGGUGGGGGAGAGAAAAACGCCCGCCCAUGAUUAUUUAGCUGAUUCUCUCCUGACCAACAUAAAUUAGCAGACCCAUACUUCCCAUUGAAAUAUUUAUAGAGUGGUACCUUGGGUUAAGAACUUAAUUCGUUCCAGAAGUCCGUUCUUAACCUGAAACUGUUCUUAACCUGAGGUACCACUUUAGCGAAUGGGGCCUCCCACUGCUGCCACCGCGCGGUUUCUGUUCUCACCCUGAAGCAAAGUUCUUAACCCGAGGUACUAUUUCUGGUUAGCAGAGUCUGUAACCCGAAGCGUCUGUAACCUGAAGCAUCUGUAACCCAAGGUACCACUGUAAGUUUAUGUUGAUCACCCGCCUGAGAUCACCCGCCUUUCCUGCUCUCCUCUCUCUCUCUCUCUCUCUCUGAAGGAUGCCAAAAAGAGGCAGCUCCCUCCCUGUUUGGUCUUCAAUGGUUAACAGCAGCAACAGCAUCUGAGCCCACAUUCCUAGAGCAGAAGAUUGCAAAGAGGAGGAGAUUUGGGGAGGGGGGGAGAGGGGGAAUGUGCCCCUUUCCUCUUCCGCAGAUCUGAAAGGGAAAAAAAUGCAAAGUGUUCCACGUGAGUUUCUUCUUGCUUUGGCAGAGAUGCUGAAGGCGGCCGCAGGGAGGGAAAUGCAAGAUUAAGGCAAAUGGUUUCGCGUGCUGGGGAAAGCAGGACUCCCUCAUUCUCUUCCCCUAACCGAAUUAUUAGGCUCAUUGAAGAGAUGCGCUCCGUGCACUGA